AUGUCGUGGAUAUUUGGUUAUAAAAAACCGGUGCUCGAUCUUCCACCACAAGGUGCUGGUGAUGGUGGUUCAUCUUUCCCACCCGAUAACAGUGGAAACAACAAAUCGUCAAGCAACCCAGAUCCAAAAUCGUAUGCAGGACGGGAAUCUAUCUAUAAAUUCGAUUCAACGGCUCUCGAACGUGCUGCGCAAGCUGCUAAAGAACUUGAACGUUCCCCACAUGCAAAUCAAGCGUUUGAUGUUGUUAAAAUGCAAGAACAGACGAAGCAGCUCGAAAUUCAAAAGCAAAUGAAGGAAUAUGCUCAACAUGAAGAAGAAAUUCGUUUCAAACAUCAACAACAAUUGAACGAAGAAAAGCGACGAAUGAUGAAUGAUGAAACGCAUCAUCAAAAUGAGCGAGCAAAAUUUCAAGAUCAAUUAGCACGUAAACGUAUGCAAGAUCAAGCUGCUGAACAAGCUCGAUUACAAGAUGAAGAACGUCGCCGACAAGAAGAAUCUGUUCGAAAACAAGAAGAAAUGAAACAACGUUCUAUUGAAUACGCGGAACAAGUGCGUCAUCAAUAUGAUAUGAAACGACUCGAAGCCGAACUCAAAGGCAAAGCACAAAUCGAACGCGAGAAUCGAGAAAUUUAUCUUGAACAGAUUAAACUCAAAGCUGAGGAACAACGCAAGACCGUUCUUGACAGUAUUAAAACAGCAGGAAGUGUGGUUGGAACUGGUAUUACAAGUUUACUCGAAAAUCCAAGUAAAAUUCUAAUGGCUACCGGUGGUAUUACUUUACUUGCUCUUGGUGUCUAUUCUGCUCGUGGUGCUACUCAAACUGCAGUGAAAUAUCUUGAUUCACGGCUUGGUAAACCGUCGUUAAUCCGUGAAACGUCAAGAACUACUUUGCUUACUGCACUUCGCGCUCCAGUGAAAACCGUUCGACGCUUCUUUUUCUCUAAUGCUGAAGAUUCAUUGAAAGGAGUCGUACUUGAUCCUGCUCUUGAAUCGCGUCUGCGAGAAAUUGCGAUUGCAACAAGAUUUACAAAGAAAAAUUACGGAUUGUUUAGAAAUUUACUGAUGCAUGGACCACCCGGCACAGGCAAAACUCUGUUUGCUAAGAAAUUAGCAGCUCAUUCAGGCCUUGACUACGCCAUUAUGACCGGUGGUGAUGUAGCACCAUUAGGACGUGAGGCAGUUACAGCCAUACAUAAGGUAUUUGAUUGGUCUCAAACAAGCCGUCGUGGUUUACUGUUAUUCAUCGACGAAGCCGAUGCGUUCUUGAGAAAACGAGCCACUGAAAAAAUCGGUGAAGACAUGCGUGCGGCAUUGAACGCAUUUCUCUAUCGCACUGGUGAACAGUCGAGUCGGUUUAUGUUAGUCCUUGCCAGUAAUGAACCAGAACAAUUCGAUUGGGCCGUAAACGAUCGUUUGGAUGAAAUGGUUCAGUUUGUUCUACCAACGCUUGCCGAACGUCGUCGAAUGACUUAUCUCUACUUCGACACAUACAUUCUGAAAUCAGCUGAACGCCGUCGUCCAAUUAAGCUUGGCGCAUUUGAUUUCGAGAAGAAAUGUGAAGAAUUAGCUCAACGUACGGAUGGCUUUUCUGGUCGUGAGAUUGCGAAAUUGUUAGCCGCUUGCCAAGCAUCUGCUUAUGCUUCGGAAGAUGGAACAUUAACAGAGGAAAUGAUAGAUAAAAAAUUACGAGAUGCACUUGAAAGUCAUCGUAAAAAAGUUGAAUGGCGUGCGGAAGAAGAACGUUAA